CUACACGGUUAGGUCGGUUUGAGUAAUAUUGUCCAAGCAUAUACUACGUAUAAGUGUUGGAACGAAAAUUGAACAUUUCGACAGUUGUUCGGACAGUGACAGCAUUGAUAAAUCUUGUUAAAUAUGUUCACCGAGCUAGUAGCGAAAACAUGGAAUCUUGCGUCAAGUUGGUACAUUUAAAGAAUGUACAAUGUCAGCUAUCACAGUGCCAGAAAAGUUACAAGUUGGCAGUGAAAGCUGGUCUAGGUAAAGUGGAAACAUCCUUUUUCAUGUUUCAUCACCUUUUAGAAACCAUAAAGAGUUUGAGGCAGAAAGUCGAUGAGUCAUCUAGAGGUUCCCCAGAUCAUGUGCAAAUUCUGCAUGAUUUUGUUAUCAUCUUGUUGUAUGCAACAUGUCUGUGGCUGUUCAAAAUAGUUGCAUACUCUAGAGCUGUUUCACGAAUUGGAGCAAGGGAAAGAAUUCCAUUUUGGUGACACAUGUUGUCUCUGCCUGAGUCAGAAAGACUUAAACUUCACGAACGUCUUGCAACACUAACGUGUCAUUCACAGCAGGAUAAAACAUCACUGAGUCGCAAAUCUUUUGAACAAGGGCAUUGAAGAGGCCACCAACUCGAAAACCUCCUCAUCCUCACAUACUGUGAUUCUGAAACAGCAAGAUGAUUCGGUUAAAGAUGGUGAUAUGGUCACUUUAGUAGACGGUGCCACUACAUGCGCUGAGAAAGCGUCAAUAUUUUUUGCGAGACUGGUGAGGCACUCGGCAGACGAGAGUGAGGCACUUCAAAUGGAGUUUCGUACAAUGCCUGACAAGGAAUUACUUUACCAUGCAGCAGUAGAUUCAAGCUGGUGAGAAUUAACAAGUUCAUUAAUAUUUCACAUUCAUACUAUCUACGAUCAUAAACGUGAAGUAUAUGAAUUGUGUUCAUCCAUAGCAAAGAUUUACAGUGCCAUGUCUUUGCAAAAAGACUACAUCACAAACAUUGUCUAAAGAAGAUCGAACAUUAAGUCAUGUGAACAGUCACAUGAAUAAGAACAAAUAUUGGUUCGUGAGAUAAAUAUUUAAAACUAUUUAAAGAUAUUAAUGUAAACAUAACAAUAUUAAUGUUUGGGAAAUUUGAAUGUUUAAUACAAUUUUAUCUUAAACUACUAUGUUUCUGUGUUUGUUGUUUAAGUUUUUCAAUAUUUAAGUAUGAUUGAUGGGUUUUUCUAUACCGUUCCAGCAAUGAAAGCUUGUCAUACUUAUAACUUAAUCGUAACACUUGGCAAUAAAAAUUAGUUGAGCUCUUAAAACUAUAUAUUAAACUCCAUUACAGAUUGUUUAUAUCUUGCUUAGUUUUCAAAAUAUUUGACUGAAAAAAGUGAGCUGUUCACCAUCUUGGAUUAUUGAGGAUAUGCAUGUUACAUCAAGAGAGGGAUCACUCUAAGUUUUAUCUUGACAGUAAGCGAUCAAUAUGGGUACAAAACUUCAUUUCUGGUUGCUGUCUGAAAUUUAGAAAUGAUUAAAAACAUUUCAAACAAUUGUGUAUUGUUACUCGGUCAUUUUAGAAUAGUUUUAAAUGGUUAACCCAACUCCUGAUGUCAUCAAAACCAUAGUUAAUGAGGUCAAGAAUUAGUCCAAGAUGGCAGACAGCUCAUUAAUUUCGGUCCAAAUAUCUUGAGAACUAAGCAAGAUAUGACAAAUCGGUAAUAGAUUUUAACAUAUAAUUUUAAGAGUUCUUUUGAAUGAGACAAACUAAUUUUUUAUUGCCAAUGUCCUUUAAGAAAGUGGUAGAAAUGGGACUAACAAAUAGGUUAAAUGGUGAUAUUUGCAAUUGAAAAGAUGCGGAUAUUUAGGAGCUGAUUACAUGGUGUUGGGCUGGCCCGGUUAACCGGACUCACUCAUUUGUUUAGGAUCUUACUGUGUAAAAUAAAUUUGCGAUAAAUAAUUGGUUUAGUAUAGAUACAAAAUCAUCCUAAACCCGAUUCAGAACUCAUUUUGCGGCCCAAGUAAUCAGCCCCUUAUACAAGUAUUAUGCACAACCGUACAUAUCAUCUGAUUGCAUACAUGCCCCCCACCACAAAGCCAUAUAUAUUACCUACAUCCCCCUGAGAGCUUACCAUGAAAUCUCAUGUGAGGUCUCUAAAUUUUCCUGGCACAUUGCUUAGAGAAUAGAAUAAUUCUAUGUAAAAUUCCGGAUCUGGGGUGUGGCAGGAAUUUCUAAUGGGAACAAAAGUACAUGCAGCCCGACACGCCCCCCACCACACAGUUGUGAGGCCCUGUCACAUAAUUCAUCUUUUAUCUGCAUUUUGUGUCAUAAGAUAAUUAGUUAAGCCCAGUUAUUUUGUGAUGCAUUGCUAAGACAUUGUUUAAGAAAACUGACAUGGAUGGGUGGUUAGAAUUAAAUUUGUGAUGGCAAGUGUAGUCCCUACAGCCAUGUUUAAUGGGUGGGGUUCAUCAUGGGCUGACUUGAUUGGUCGUUCUACUUUGUUACUGAGCAAAGGAAAUAGGAAGCCCAAUGAAAUUUCUUGUGCAAUUGUCUUGAUUUUAUUCUAAUGAAAGCGCAUUAAAAUGGCAUACCUUUACAAUACUCUUCGAUUCGGUUGAAUUUGAUUCAGUUUUUAGAAUAUAUGUGGAAAAUUCAACCCUUUUUAAACCACAUAAAGACAUUUCAAAAAUACACUUAAAUAUAAAACACUAGUUAGUAGUUUAAAAAGACCCACAUGGCGCAGUGGGAAAAAUGAAAGAGAUUAGAGAAACCAUACUACUAACCAUACAGUCUCUAUACUACACACACUUGAAGUUUUAUGUGUCGUUUUUCAUUUCAAAAAAAGGUACAAGGAAGUGACCAUGGAAAUUUAAUUGUUUCCCCCCACAGAAUUCUAAUUGUCUUCCUCUUUUUGCUAGGCAUUUUUGGACAAAGGCAUGCAGAUGGACAAGAAUUUGGUGCAGAACGCUCCUAAGAAACAAGCACAUGAGAAGGGAUCUCCUGGGUGCGUCGAAGGGAUCUCCUGGGUGCUCGAACGUCACAAGAUUCACAAAGAACUUCAACACAGCCACCACAUAUUGCCCCUAGACUCAAAGGCCAAUCAACAACAGACCCGACCACUGUUUGCAGUCCGACGACCAGUUCCAAGUUCUGAGCCACAGGCAGAGACAAAAGAGUGCAGGCAAUACCUACGUGCCCAAACGGAUCCGAAAUGGUAUGGCACGAAGUGAGUACAACUCAUUGGGAAGGUUUGUAGUGCUGUCAAGGGCAACCGACUGAAUGACCGAGAGCUUGACAUGUUUUGGCAACGAUGGAUGAAUGGCAGACAUUGGACGGACACGUAGCAGUGCUGAGGACCAUUUGGAACGAGAUCGCACAGUUAGCAAAUACACCCAAAUAUGUUACAAACUGCAUACAACAUCUUAUCCGCAAAGUUUUGUUGCAACACAUGCAAAAUUCGGAGGGUGAACAAUCAUCACAGAAACGUAAUUACAUGGCAAAAUGCAAACAGCUGGCAGAAGAAUUCAAAGAUCAUGCACCACAGCAGAUAUAUCAAAGCACUGCAGAAGUGUAAAUAUCCUACUUGCGAUUCUGUGCUCGAAUUCGAUGGAAUGUAUACAAGGUAUCUUUUCUUUGCAUUUUGUGUCACAGCUUUUUCCAUUGCACAAUACAAUUAUAUUAGUGGGGUUUUGUUCAGCCUUCAAUUGUUUUCCUUGUGACUCUAUAAAAAGCUGAACUAUACAUCAAUUUUGUUGAAUUCCAGUCUAAGUCAGGCUUAAAUAAAAGAUUGUGUUUAUUAGAGUGUUCCUAAAUUAGUCCGGUCAUGGAAGAGAAGUUAAUCCAAGAUGUAUCAAAACAACAUCUUCAACCAAAAUCCCCCACCCCUAUUUUAUCAAAAUUAGUGGAGGAUUUUGUAGUAAGUGGGUAUGUUAAACCAGCUGUCAUGGAGAAGCUCGACCCCCAUCAAUUUAGAGCAGUUCCACAUUCAAAUACCACACAGGCCCUUCUUAGCACGAUCCACUCAUGGUCUAAAGCAACUGAUGGGAAUAUGGUGCCACAACAAGAGUUGUUCUUUUCGACUUUAAAAAGGCUUUCGACCUAGUUGAUCACUGUAUUUUAGUCGAAAAACUAGUACUCUAAUAUAACAUCCCAAGAAGGAUUAUUUGUUGGAUCAUAGAUUUUCUAAUGGACAGGAAACAGAGGGUGAAACUUAGUAAUGAGUGUUAUUUGGAAUAGGAUGCCUUCCCCAACAACGUACCAAACUAGGCCCGUGGUUGUUUCUCAUAAUGAUUAAUUUCUUGAAUGUAGAGAACGCAGAUCUCUGGAAAUAUAUGGACAACUUCUCCUUUGUGGAAAACGUGGCAAAAUGAAAUCAUGGCUACAUGCAGAAAUAUGCAGAUGAAUUUUCUUCAAAGGCUCAAGCUGAUGGUUUUCAACUGAACAAAACCAAAUGCAAAGAACUUAGAUUCAACUUUUCUAGUCAUCCCAUUCAAUUUGAGCCUAUAAUUAUUAAUAACAAGGAAAUAGAGGUGGUUCAUUCAGCAAAGGUGUUUGGUUUGAAGAUCUCCAGUGACCUGAAGUGGAAUGCACACAUCCAAGAUAUAUGUAAGGUCACAUCAUGCUUGUACCUUCUUCGACAACUUAAACAUGCUCAGUUACCUGAAAAGGAUCUUUUCCUCUUUUGUAUCACCUGCAUACCUAUUGUGGAGUAUGUGUGCCAAGUAUUCCGCACCGGGAUGCUUACCCUGAUCUGUUGUAUAAUGAAUCUAUUAAUACCCUAGACAUCACAACAUUAUUUGAAAGAAUACAGGUUCUUAAUGAUAGGUUAUUGAAAUAAAUUGUCGAGGUUAGCUCACAUAAGCUAAACAAACUUCUACCAUCUAGAAACAGUUGUACCACAAACUUACGAAAUAGACUGACUUUCCCAUUGCCCAUUUGCAAAACAAGUAGAUUUAAAAAUACUUUUAUUCCUUAUAAUGCAUAUAAUUUUCCUUUUAAUUAAUAUCCUAAAUAGGUCAUGUAUUAUAACUUUUUAACAAUUUUAUUACUGUAUAUUUACCUAGCUACUGUAACACGACAGAAAAAAGUCAGCGCAUGCACCAAAUUAUGAAAAUAUGGCGGGGAAUUUGAAUAUCAAUUUCUAAAACAAAAACAUGCUUAUUAAUUGGUCAAAAAUUAGUAAAACAAACGAGAAAAUAUAGCAAAUGGGUAGACUAGACAUUAAUUCAAAGCGUCCUGGCAUUGUCCAAUUUCUUGAACCUUCUGGCUGUAUUUAUUCCUAGUUUUUAGAAUGACAUGUUUAUUUUUGCGCUCAAAAUCUGGCUGUAAAGACGCACAAUGAAGUCACUCAUUUUCAAGUUUGACUAUGCCAGUGGAUAUCAUCACAUAGAAAUUUUCCCUGAGCAUACCCAAUUUCUUGGUUGAUCAUGGGAGGUUAAUGGUGUCCAAAAAUUUUUUUAAUUUACAGUCCUCCCAUUUGGUUUGUCCACUGCCCCUUAGGUAUUUUCUAAGGUGCACAGGGCUUUAGUUAAACACUGGAGAGGGAAAGGGUUCAGAGUUUUUACAUACCUUGAUGACGGUGCUGGAGCAGAGACUAGCUUGGAGGAGCCUCUAAAAACAGCAACCCUGGUGAGACAGGACAUUGCAGACAGUGGGUUUGUAGCUCAUAAGGAUAAAUGUCAUUGGGAACCGGUCCAAUCGGGGGAGUUACUUGGGUUUGUUAUGGACCUGAAAUCUGGUACAUUUUGUAUUCCACAAAGGAGGGUAGCAUCCCACAAAGGAGGGUAGCAUCCCUUCAGGAAGGCCUGCAGUAUGCUGUGUCGAAAGGCUUUGUUUCAUCUGCUCGAUCCCUUUCUCGACUUACUGGUAUGUUGGUGUCCAUGGGGUUGGCUAUUGGCCCGGUGGUUCGUCUCUGGACUAGGGCUAUGUAUCGUGAGAUCCUUCAAGCCCCAUCCUGGGAUAUACUGUUUGCCCUUUCAACCGAAACGCAGCAAGAGAUAUAUUUCUGGAUCGAUAAUUUUGAUAAUGGCGGUUAUCCUAUUUGCUCCCCAAGUUCAAAAAUUGAUGUGAUGACUUACUCUGAUGCUAGUCGUACAGGUUGGGGUGGAUAUGCAGUUCAGAUUGGUGAACAAUCUGCUGUCGGUUGUUGGUCGGAAACUGAAGUGCAUAAAAGUUCCAUGACAGGUCCUGGCAAAACCAGCAACGCGGAAGUCUCCGCUUGGAGCAGACUUGGUGAGGAAGUUAGUGCUGCGCUUGGAGCAAGGUAGUCUGGCGGAGUUGCAGUUAGCCACAUUGAUCGCCUUGGGAUUUUUUGGUUUUCUGCGAUGGGAUGACCUAAGUAAUUUGACCACAGACAAUAUCCAAUUUGAAGAUUCACAUAUGGCAUUGUUCUUAGAAAAACGAAAAAAUUAACAGUUUAGAGACGGUUUGUGGGUGUUCAUUUCAAGUUCGGAAGUGUAACCGUGUCCAGUGGAAGUAGUAAAGAAAUUCCUAGUGCAAGGUUGUCAUGCGCAGGGAUCCAAGUUAUUUCGACGAGUCCAGCAUACAAAAAAUGGCUGGCAACUGAAGAAGCAGGGCAUGUCCUAUAGUAGGGCCAACCAACUACUGAAAGCAGAGUUGAAGAAGGAAGGACUGAAUGUCAGUCGCUAUAGCCUACAUAGUCUACGUGCAGGUGGGGCGUCGGCAGCAGCAGCUUUGGGUGUACCGGACCGGUUAUUCCAACAACAUGGAGGCUGGAGAAGUGAGACAGCUAAGAAUAAUUAUCUAGAAGAGAGCCUGGACUCUUCGUUAUUAGUUACUAAGUCUAUUCAGGAUAAGAACACCUAA